AUGAGCCCAGAGCUCACGCGAGGGCCCUUCUGUGGUUGCAGAAAAGAUUUUGCUUCAACAAGAAAGAACGGGAAGCGUAAACUAAGUGAUGAUAACCCAGGAUCGCUGAUGAGUGCACGGGUCUCCUGA